UGUCACACAGCACAACAAAAAAGUUUCCUACAUCUACUGGUUAGCUUGAGGCGGUAAUAUAACGCGUUUGGCUCCUCAACCUUGGACCUGGGAAUCCGUGCGACUCCCUUUUAAGAAGACCGGUCACUAAACCCUCUCCUUUGGUGUUCAGACGCUAGGUUAUGUCAUAUGGUCUGGGUCCGCGGGGCUACGUCAGGAUGAGUGGUCGGAACAAUGCGCGCCUUGAUACCCCCACACAACAUCACCCCCUAAUCCUCCCCAGUUCCCGACCUUUGGUGUCUUUGCGGAGAAGGGAGCUGUGAGGGGACAAACGUGGGAGUGGACACAACAGCACUGUUUUCAUUGGACGUGGACGAUACGUUUGUAUCGCGCUAUAUUGUGGAUGGUUUGUUGAACGUCCUGUGCUGCUCUGCGCAACCCGCCAAUACAGAACCACUGAACUUUGAACACUGCGUUGCCAGGAGACAGGCUAUGAUCCCAUGGUGUUGAUAAACUUUUGAACCUUGUGUUCUAUAUGCUUCUGCUACGAAACCCACUCGUGGGGAGAUUGACUGGAAAAACUGUUGAAUUUACGGAGUCAGGAUGUUUAAGAACCCUGAGGCUCAAGGGAAGAUUGCACUUCUAGUUGGAGUCCCUCCCCUGUUUGUCCUGAGGGGAACGCGCUGGGCUGUUAGAGCUGUUCAUGCUUCCUCAGUCUCUACACACACAAGCUUUGUGCUAAGGGAAUAGUUCAAUUACAUUUUUUGUGGUUGGAGGUUCUUGGUCAGGCUCUUCAGGAAAUCAGCAAGUUGAUAAAACCAAUGUGGUUUUGCUAUAGGGGAUGUGUUUUUUGUGUUCAUUUCCUACUCAAAAUGUACAUCAUUUUUAUUGGCUUCCAGACACUGUGAGGGACAUGAUGUGAACAUGUGUCAGUGUUUCAGGCGUGUGUCAGUUCAAGCAAGUUGGAGCAACAUUUUUCUACACAGCACACAUACUUUACUAUACUAAUUCAACAGAAGUCUAAAUAUAGCUGUAGUUGUUUAGGUUUGACCUUGUGACAUUACUGGAAAGAACAGGACAUAAAAGUUAUCAUCGUCUGUCUAAUGAACUAACAAAUUAUUUUGAUGUUUCGAUUAUUUAGAUUUUGUGUUGGUGUUUGCUGUGUUGAAAGAAAAUCACACUACAGCAACUGAUCAAAGGUCGUGUUUUAGCCAUCUACUGGCGGAAACAGUAAUGACAGCCUUACCCAAAAAAACACCAGUAGUAAAGAUCCUAGGAUCUCUAUUGAAAAUGUUGUAAUAUAUUUAAAUUCGUAGGCACAGGAGUUCAAUCUUUUCUGCAUAGGACUUAAGUAUGUGAUUACAUAUUUUACUUUGGCCUCAAACUUUUGAUUUCGGAACCAUUCCUGGUAUAAGAGAUGUUUUAUGAUAGUUUUUUUACAUUGUUCAGAUUGUUCCAAAACAAACAUUUUUUGUGAUGGUUCAUUGCCAUUCAGCUUUGUUCGAGGUAAAAGACAGCAUAAAGUGCUUUAACAUGUAACCUAGUGCAAUUCUCUGAUAAAUAUCUGCAAUUGCAUUGGCUGAACCACAAGAAUAACAGAUGCGUCAGCUGCCUUCAGUCCCACCUCACACAAAAUGAACAGUGUUUUGACCUCAACAAGGAACUAACUGCAUUGGUCCAUUAAGCCCAGAAACCUUCAUGAAUAAAGAGGGAGAAGGAGGUGCGGUGACAGGACAGUGGUAUUGGAAAGUUCCUCUGGCCUCAGUGCCAUGCCCGAGGGAUCUCAGAGCACCCCCUAUGAAGUCCCAAUGGGUGAAGAAUCCCCCCGCUUGUCCAGCGCCUCCAUCAGUAGUAAUGAGCGAGCGCCCUCCGCCACGCCCUCGUGGUCCGACCUACCCUCCGCCGGGCAGCGUCCAGUGAGCCUGGUCUCCACCCUGUCCUCGGGGUCCGGCUCGUCCCGGGACGACAGCCCCGCUCCGCCCCGACCUGGAGUCGCCACGCCCCCCACCGGAGCGGACGACAUCGACUUGGAGCUGAGUCCUCAGACGGGCGCCGGUGAACAAGACCACCCUUCGGCGGGAGAAGCAAUCUCCCGUGGCGGGACUUUGUUCCGGCUGAACGACAGCGCCACCGACCGCGGCGUCCGCAAGCACCCUUUGUCGCCUUUCGCCGCCGAGGCCAUGGCGCCCAAUCCCAAGCUCACGUACGUGGACCGGGUCGUCAUGGAGAUCAUCGAGACGGAGCGAAUGUACGUGAGGGAUCUUCGCAGCAUCGUGGAGGAUUACCUGGCUCACAUCAUCGACCAGGCGGACCUUCCCAUGAGACCAGAGCAGGUGUGCGCACUCUUCGGAAACAUCGAGGACAUCUACGAGUUCAACAGUGAACUUCUGCAGUCCUUGGAUAUGUGUGACAAUGACCCUGUUGCCAUUGCUAAGUGCUUCGUCAUGAAGAGAGAGUACUUUGAUAUCUACACACAGUACUGUACCAACUACCCAAACUCUGUGGCCGCUCUUACGGACUGCAUGAGAAACAAAUCCCUGGCCAAGUUCUUCCGGGAGCGGCAGGCCUCUCUGAAACGGUCCCUGCCCCUGGGGUCCUACCUCCUCAAGCCUGUACAGAGGAUCCUCAAGUACCACCUGUUGCUCCAGGAGAUAGCCAAGCACUUUGACCCGGAAGAGGAGGGCUACGAAGUGGUGGAGGAAGCCAUUUACACCAUGACGCACGUGGCCUGGUAUAUCAACGACAUGAAGAGGAAGCACGAGCAUGCUGUUCGACUGCAGGAGGUCCAGUCGCUGCUGAUCAACUGGAAAGGCCCGGACCUGACCACGUACGGCGAACUGGUCCUGGAGGGCACCUUUAAGGUCCACCGGGCCAAGAACGAACGCACGCUCUUCCUGUUCGAUCGCAUGCUGCUCAUCAGCAAGCGCAGAGGGGAGCACUAUGUCUACAAGACCCACAUCUCAUGCUCCACCCUCAUGCUGAUUGAGAGCGCCAAGGACUCACUCUGCUUCAGCGUCACCCACUACAAACACCCCAAACAACCCCACACGGUGCAGGCCAAGACCGUCGAGGAGAGAAAGCUAUGGGCACACCAUAUCAAAAGGAUCAUUCUAGAAAACCAUCAAGCCAUCAUCCCUCAGAAGGCGAAGGAGGCCAUCCUAGAAAUGGACUCGAUAUACCCAAACAAGUAUCGAUACAGUCCAGAGAGAAUGAAGAAGACAAUUUCCUGCCAAUCAGAUGAAUUUCCCCGAGAAGGUCGUCAGGGGCGUCGGCAGUCAGAACCGACCAAACAAAUCCUGAAGAGCACCAAAGCCAUCCUGAAGCACGCAGACAGCGAAGGGACCCUACCGGACGAGCCAAGCCCCAUUCACGCCGCCGCUAGCGUCAGCACCCUGGACUCGAGCGUAGGCGAGUCCGAGGUUGACAGGCCUAGUUUGGAGGAGGAUGUGGGGGAGGACGUGGGGGAGGAAGAGGACACGGAACGCAGGCAGGACCCUGUCGAGAGGACGUGCCCUAGUGACGGCGAAGAGCCGAGCACUGGACCGCCGUCCCACAGUGACAGGGCUACGGCGGGGAAGGAAAGUGACUCGGACGAUAUUCUGAUGGAGGAGGACCAGGUAGAAGACUUUGCCAGUUCCAUGCUGGCCGCCAUCUCCUGCUGGCACUAUAGGGCCCAGGCUUUGCUUUCCGCGGGGGGCACAACGGAUGAAGAAAGAAGCAACAUGGAGGAGAAUGUGUGUUACAAGGAGAAUGGCCUUUCAUCUCUUCCUGUGUUGCAGUCAGGGAAUGAGCAAAGCGCCUCCAUUGCUGAGAAGAAUUACCCUUUUCUCCAAACUACUCCGGACAAGUCUCUGCUCCAGAGCAAGACGACUGACCCUGAUUCCACUGAAAGGCCUAAGCCAGCCCCUUCGAAUCCAGAGGAUGCUUUCGGCCCCGCCCCAAGGGUCUUCACCACUCCCACAAAGGUCUGCACCACUCCCACCAAAGUCUGCACCACUUCCCCCAGAGUGGAGGCACCAGAGCCCCAGGGGGACAAAGAGGAGGACCAGAUGGGGGCAUCACCAGCCUCUCAGUCAGAUGACAUGAAAACCUUGAGCAGUGCAGAAUCCUCAGAGGAAGAGGAGGAAGAAGCAGUAAUACAGGAGGGCCAGCCAAGCAGCAUUCUGCCACCCUCUGUACUAAAUCAAGCCAGCGCCAUCGCGGAGCACUUCACCAACACUGCCAGACGAGGCAGUACGGAUGACGCCCGGUCCAUUGGCUGCCCCUCACCACGCCUCCCAAGUCGCAACGGCAGCGCCCUCAGCCUCAGUGUCGAAGUCAACGAUCGUUCCAUCUGGCUGAACAGCACCUGCCCCGAAACACCCCAGGACAACCUCUUCGGGGUGGACCUAACAAUGCACUCUCCGAGGGACGACAGCCUUUUUGAGAUCCACAGGCGAAGGGACUCCACCUUGUCCAAGAAGGACCAGUUGCUCAUUGACAAAAUCAAGACCUACUACGAGACCGCCGAACAUCAGGACGCCAACUUCAGCCUCAGGCGCAGAGAGAGCCUGACCUACAUUCCUACCGGUCUCGUCAAGAACUCUGUCAGCCGGUUCAACUGUUCAGAUGAGACGCCGGGUGUGGAGAAAAGUGAACCGUCAGUCUUGGCCACCUCUUCUGCACCUCACCCUUCCACCUCAGCAACCGAUUCGCCAGAUGCUCCAGGUGCCUGGGACUGCAUGGUCUCGAGUGCCUCAUUUAACUCACUGGAUUUGGAGAAAAGCAAGAAGCCUGAGGUGGUGUGCUCUGAGGCAGACAGGAAGGACAAGCCUCUGAGUUUACAGGACGAGGAGUUCAGGCCUUCGUCUGAGAUGAUCAAGGUUUGGCAGGACAUGGAGAAAAAGGGGAACAAGUCCCAGGAAGAGGCCAGAGGCCUUGUGAAGACUACACGAGUAGCCAGUCCAAGUCUGUGCAGAAGGAGCCAGACUCCCAAGGAAAACUCUGAACUGGAGUCUGAUAAUUCCCUCAUAAUACUGGAAGAAGCUGACCUGAGCACCAUUACUGAAGAGUCUAUGAGCCCUUCGCCAGUCAAGUGCAAGGCCUUGGGGCUUAGCCGUAAGCCAAGCGGUCGGGAUCCUCAUAGAUCUAGAUUGGACGAGGGUAGGCUUCCCAGAGUCCCUCAACCCAGAAUCAUCCAGUUGAGGGCGGAGGAAAGGGUGGAGGCAAACGAGGCACCUCAGUCAUUGGACGAUGAAGAGAUGGCCAAAAACAAAGUUUUCCAGUUGGCCCGGCAGUAUAGCCAGCGCAUCAAAUCCCCCAGUCCAGCUCCUAGGCAGCGAGAUGUCCUGCUGGGCAAGAAGAACCUGCCAUGUGUAAUCGAGGAGAAGCUAGAGAGCUCAGGUAAACCCAACUUGACGCUUCCCCUGCUGUCGUUUGAUCGUAUGAGCACUGCUCAGGAGGUGAGCCCUAAUGCAAAACCUCCCAGCCCUGCUCCAACGCCCAGCUCUUUGGGCAGCCCCCGGGUCCUUUCCCCCGGCCGCACACAAGCUAAGAGCCCGCUCAGUCCCACGCCGGCAGAGGUGUUCAACUGGCCCAAUGUUCAGACACUUCGGUCCAAGUACGCCAGCUCAAACAAGGACCAGUCCCAGCUGCCGUCAUUUAACCGAAGCCGCUCGGUUCCCGAGAGGAUGAACAGCGGCCCCAAGAGGCGCUCAAGUUUCUCAUCCAGCUUUGUGGCUUCUUGCGGUACGGUUGAAGUGCCGGCAUACAGACCCCACUUAACCAGGGAUUGUGCGCCGGAUGAAGCGCUUGCUAGGCUCCAUCGGGCCGGGUCACUGGACAAGAGGCUGAGUGGGCUGCAUCUCAAUGACUUGCAGAACCUCAAGGACAAAGUGCCUGCUAGUGGUUACUAUGUAUCGGCACAGGCCACCAUGCCGAAUGACCACAAGGUCCUUGUCGUGGAGAAGCUUCCGGAGCCUGGGCCAGAACCCAGCUCAGCAGAGCCGCUGGAGAUUGUACUGAGAGCUAAGAGAGUAGAAGUCGUGGAGGAUGUCGACGACAGCUAUGUCCAGAUCCGCUCACCAACAAGUAGAGAGAAAAUCUCCAUCAUGGCUGUCAUCGACCGCUGCCGGGCCUAUCAGGAGUCAGAUGAGUAUAGGCAAAGGGAGGAGGGUGGGGCAAAGGCAGACUCAGUCUCAGUAAGUGGGAGGGGUAAGGAGACUAUCAAGGGCCUACCCUCAAAUGAGCAGCUUGACGAUGCCCAUAAAACUGUCACAAACUUAGUUAAAAAGACAGAGGCCAGUAAUAAACACACCGGUAGAUACACGAGUGGGAAGGAACUUGACAAGGGUCCAACCUCAGACAAACAGCUUGACACUGCACAGAAAGCUGCCACAACCUCAGAGAAAAAGACUAAUGCUAGUCAACAGAGCAAGGUGAAAAACUUGAGACAAAAGUUUCUUAACCUGCAGUGAUCAUCACCGGGAAACUUUUUCAGUAACCUAAUUCCGAUUUUGCAUCGACAAAAUAUUACAGAAUCUUUUAGCUCUUUGUGCUCAUACAGCUAAAAUAGAGCUCCAAAGAAAAAGAUGCUGUGAAUUUGUCCAGAAUGUGUCUGUCGGUGUAUUUUAUUAUUUUGUACAGCUUGAUGUACCAAUAGCCGCACAUCUGUCAACAUUCCAAUUUUGGUUUGGCUGCUUCACCCUUAUGGGUUUGGAUCUUGUUCAGCUAAGUAAAAUACGUACUGCAAAAUAUACUUGAGUUGAGUUCUUUGGGAUGAACCCUAAUGUGAGGCCUGUGCAUGUACGUUUUUCUGCAUAUUUCCCAUUGACGUUACUCCACGAUCCAGGCUAAAACCUGAGUUAGACGUGCAGAUCAAGGUAGGAUUCAGCCCAGAGUGUGCCUGUUGUCCAGUCCUGUACUGCAGUUUAAUUACUUGAGCUUUGCUGUCAAACGUUCUGUGCACAUAGAAGCGAUUAUAGUGACAGCCCAGGGAAAAUGUUGUUUUGUCUCAGAAAUGUAUGGAAAUGUGUAAAUAUCUAUGUAUUAUUCUUCAAGAGAACAUAUCUCUUGAUCCUUAAAUUCUAUCUAAAGCACCUUUCGUAUUGCUUGUAUGGUUGCGUCAUAAGGCAAUUGUAUUGCACAAUUGAAGAAUGAUUUUUAUUGUGUCUCUGACAUAUGAGCCAUGUCUCUGGAGCAGUGCCUGUCCAAGCAGUUCUGACUGUUUGCGGGAAAACAGGCGUUUUGUUUUGGAAUGAGGAUGAGUGAAACUGAAAGCAUCAAAUAAUGUUUCAUCUUUCUACCAAGGCACCAUAUUUCCUUGAACUGUCCACCAUGCACUAGACUUGACCCUUCACUGCACAUGACCUGACCACUUAAAUGAGAGAGCGAGGGAGUGAGAGCGAGCGAGCGAGCAAGAGAGAGAGCGAGUGAGAGAGAGAGAGCGAGAGUGUCAGUUGCCUAAUGGGAUCUAAAAUGUCAUUCAUUGCCCUAUGUCCACUUUGUAAAUAACCCCUGGAGUGAUGAUGGCCCAAGAAUGCUUGUUUAAUUCUGUGUAAUCGUGGCUUGUCAAAUGGAGCCUAAACACAUUGUUGAUAUUUUUUAGUCUGUAUAAGUCUUGCCUAAUUACGUCUCACUUAUUGGUUAAUUGUCCUGUGAUGUGCAUAUUAUAUGUGUUCUCUGCUUGGGACGCCAAAACGUCUUCUUUCAAAUCAACAGGUCUUUGAGAUGAGUUGACGCCACACUUGGAGUGCAUAGGUGUGGGUGCUUGGGGACCCCAGUCACAUGGGUCAAUGUCUUAUACUACUUAUAAGUGUGACAUUUCUCUAAGGCUCAUUCCUUUUCCUGACUUCACCUUCCUAUUUUAUUUAUUAAGCUGAUGUAAAUUUCAUAAACAUUUGUCUGACCAUAUAUAUAUAUAUAUAGUAUAUGUGUAUUUUGACAGUUGUACAACAAUGUUUACGUUGCCUAGUUUUGGCAUUCCAUAUUAAAACAACAUAUAGUAAUCAAU